UCAUUAUUUUGUUAUGUAAUUAUCUUUAAGAAAAACUUGAAAUUGAUUGAGAAAAAGAAAAUCUUGCUGAUGUGGCCAACGACACUCACACACACCGCAUAAACAUUGUGGAGAAAUUGUUGUUUGACAAGUUUUUUCUUAUUCUCCUGGACAAUGUUCAUUGUUAUUUGAUAAUAAGAAUUAUUCGUUUGUUUUUUUUUUGGCCAAAGAUUCUUUUCUUUUUUUGUUAUUGCGUCACAAUGAAUGUCAAUCGUUUUAUAUUCAUUUCAUUAUUAAUCGAUUUAUUGGCAUUUACAUUAAUAUUACCAUUAUUACCAUCAUUAUUGGAAUGUUUUGCUAAACAAGAUACGAGUGGUCUCUACAAUUAUGUGGAUAAUUUCAUCAAAUCAACACAACGAUGGAUCGGUGGACCACAAAUGUUCAAUAGAUCUUUAUUCGGUGGUCUAUUAGGUUCAAUGUUUUCAUUUUUACAAUUUAUUUCGAUGCCUAUUAUUGGAAUGCUAUCAGAUGUUUAUGGUCGUCGUCCAUUAUAUUUUCUAUGUUUACUAGGAAUUUCUGUAUCUUAUUUUUUCUGGUCAAUAUCUAUCAAUCAUUUUGGUAUUUUUGUAUUGUUUCGUAUAUUGAAUGGUUUAUGUAAAGGAAAUGUUAGUCUUUGUACAGCCAUUAUAACGGAUAGUACUACUGAAGAUAAACGUGGUAAAGGUUUUGCUACAAUUGGUAUUGCAUUUUCAAUCGGUUUUAUUGUUGGUCCAUUGAUUGGUGCAAUUUUAUCCAAAUUACAAUUACCAUCACUAGAUGGUGGCACAUCAAAUGAUUCAUGUUUUCAAUUAUUUCCACCGAUAUUUGCAUUAAUUUUAUCUUUGAUUAAUUUAAUUUUCUCGUAUCAUUAUUUACCGGAAACAUUAUUACCAUAUAAACGAACAACAUCAAUUUGUACAAGUCUUAUCGAUGCAUUCCAUUAUAUUAAUCCAUGGUCAUUAUUUUCAUUUAAAAUUGUUAAAAAUUUAAAUACCAAAGAAAAAUCAAUCCUUCGAUAUGGUGCCUUUGUUAAUUUUUUCUUUUUAUUCAUUUAUUCGGGAUUGGAAUUUACACUUACUUUUCUAACAUUUGUUCGUUUUAAUUUUUCCAGCCUUGAUCAAGGAAAAUUAUUUUUCUACAUUGGUUUACAAAUGUUUUUAAUACAGGGUGUAAUAUUAAGACGUAUCAAUCAUAAUUAUUAUAAUCAUCUUUUAUUAUCUGGGAUAAUAUUAGUAAUACCUGCAUUUAUUAUUGUUGGUUAUUCAACAACAUUAACUGGUCUUUAUUUGGGUUUAAUACCAUAUGCAUAUUCAUCAGCAAUUGUAAUACCAUCAUUAUCGACAACAUUUUCAUCAUAUGGUCAUUCAAGUCAAAAAGGUAUACUUUUAGGUAUAUUUCGUUCGAUUGGUGCAUUAGCAAGAGCAUUUGGCCCGAUGACAAUGUCAUUCAUAUUCUGGAGAUUUGGAAUCGAAACUGCCUAUACAAUUGGAAGCAUAUUACUAUUAAUACCAUUAUAUUUAGGUUAUCAAUAUCAUUUUAAAUGUAAAACAUAUCGUUCUACAUUUGAAUAAGUGUUUUAUGUGUGAAUUGUGUUAUGUUUGUAUUUGUUAUUUAAAUUCAAUUUCUUUGAUUGGAAUAAGAUGAGAUGAAGAAAACAAAAAUCUAAUUGUCAAUUAAAUGGAUAAUCUUUGUAUAAAAAA